AUGGAAGAGUUGAAUGAGACCAAUGUAACAGAAUUCAUACUUCUAGGUAUCACCGAUGUGCUGUGGCUACAGGUUGUCCUCUUUGUGACAUUUCUUAUCUUCUACCUCUGCAGCUUCGUUGGCAAUUUAAGCAUUGUGACAGUGGUUAUUUCUGACCAUGUUCUUCACACUCCAAUGUACUUUCUAAUGGCAAACCUUUCAUUCCUGGAUUUCUUCUAUGCCACCACAACAGUCCCCAAAAUGUUGUCCGGUUUAAUUAUGGAAGACAAGAAAAUAUCUUUCCAAGGCUGUAUAGCCCAGCUCUACAUGUUUCAUUUUAUGGGAUGCACUGAAGCCAUGCUCCUUACAUCAAUGUCUUAUGACAGGUAUGUUGCCAUUUGUAACCCAUUGAGAUACCAGAUACUUAUGUCAAGGGCAGUGUGUCUUCAACUAGCAUUCACAUCAUGGCUCAUUGGAUCCUUAUACUCAUUGUCUCAUACCAUUAUGACUUCCAGGCUUCCUUUUUGCAAAAUGAACAAAAUAACUCAUUUCAUCUGUGACAUUAAACCUCUCUUAAAGUUGGCAUGUGCUGACACACAUAUCAACGAGAGCUUGGUCAACAUAGUUACAGGUUCUCUAGGUUUCAUCACAUUUGUAAUGAUUAUCAUCUCCUAUACCUUUAUUGGAAUUCAUCUCCAGAAUAUCCGCUCAGAGCAAGGUAGAAGUAAAGCCUUCUCCACAUGCACUUCUCACCUUACUGUGGUCCUUUUAUUUUUUGGCACUGCUUUUUGUACAUAUUUAAGUCCAGUUACUAAGGAUUCCCUGGAGCAAGACAGGAUAACUGCAGUCUUGUUCACGGUCAUCACACCAGCGUUAAAUCCCAUCAUCUAUGCUCUGCGAAAUAAGGAGGUGAAAAAGGCUUUUAGGAGAAGGUAUUUUAUAAAGUGGAUUAAGAGUUUAUGUGAUUGA